AUGGAGAGAUUAUUGCUUGUUUUCUGCCUCAUAAUUUUUCCUCAGAUUCACUCAACAUCGGGAGAUGGAGGAGGACCACAAGAUGACCCUAAAACACUAGGGAACCCACCUCUAUCCAAGCUUGUGGCAGACACAAUUUCUAUAUUGAAGAGAUCCCAUGAAAGUUACUGGGAAAAAAUUAAGACAAUUGUCCAUGAAAUGCAAUCACAGUUUUCUCCUCCAAAUUUAGAUUUCAGGGGUUCAGAGGAAGCCAAAGCAGAGAUUGAAAAUGGCGCCGGAGGCAAAAUGAAGGAGGCAGCCGGGAAGAGCUUCGAAUCAUGCAAAGAAACUGUGGAGGAAUCAGCAAAAUCAGCGGCGGAAGUUGUAGGGCAUGCGGUGCAUGAGACAGCACAAGUUGUGAAGGAGGGCAUGAUUGAUGCAGAACACCAUCAUGAUGAGCUCUAA